AUGUCGUCCAAGUCCGGUAUUAACGUCCUCCGGUAUUCCGUCCUCGGUCUGGGCGUCUUUUACGGUUUUUCCCACCAACGGAGCAUCAACUCGGCGCAGAAGGCGGCGGAGGCGCAGCGCGAGUAUGAGCACAAGCAGCAGUUAAUAAACAAGGCCAAGGACGCCUACGCCAAGUCGAAGCAGCAGACCAGCGGCGCCAGCGCGCCCGCCUCAUCAGCGGCGAGCCAAGACCUGACGUCGCCCAACUUCGACCUCGAGGCCUUGAUCGAGGGAAUAAUGAACCAAAAAUAA